GUCUGGAGCCAAUGUUCGUCCUUGGAGACUGACCUGACUUGACCUGACCUUGAACCACUUGUUACUAGCGCCCUUGCGGUCUAGGAGAUGAGAGCUUUAGCAACUUUUCGCGUUGCUCCUGGAGGAUGAGUUGCCAGAAUUUUUCAAGGAACCUUGGUCCAGCACUCAUAGCAUGGUUCUUGUUGCUUACCUUGACAUCCAUGUACUUGUUUUUUAUCUGUUGGGAAUUCAGCCGACAAACGAGUUACGCCUUGUUAGCUGCUCAUUCUAUUAUCAUAUUUUUCGUAAUCAGUGCUUUUGGGCGAGCUACCUUCAUGGACCCUGGUUUCCUCCCUGUAGGCGUUCCUGGAGAAAAAAUGACUACUAUCGAAAAGGGCGCUUCCAGAACUGUGAUGUACAGAGCGGUUGAAAUUAACGGUAUCUCAACUCGGCUUAAGUGGUGUGUAACUUGCGAGUUGUACCGUCCUCCCAGAUGUUCUCAUUGUUCCAUUUGUAAACACUGUAUCGACGUAGGUGUUCCCUUUACAUCAUCCGGCCGCUUUAGAACUUUGAUCAUCAUUGUCCAUGGCUUAAUAAUUGUAUUGGCAAAAGGAAUUACCGAUACUUCUUUUCUUUUCUGUUAUCACUGACGGUGCACAUGGUCGCUACUUUCGGCGUGUCGGUCUGCUUUGUCUUAUUACAUUCGCAGAACCUGACCAGCUACCGAGUUAUAAUCGCUAUUGUCGUUCUUGUGAUGGUUGGACUUCUUUUACUACCUGUUCUUGGAUUAACCGGUUUCCACAUUUUCUUGGUAUCGAAAGGACGCACAACCAAUGAACAGGUUACCUCCAAGUAUGAUUUGGAUAUGAACCCUUUCAACCGCGGUUGCUGCGUCAACUGGUUGCAUGUGUUUUGCAAAGCUGAAGGACCAGUUCUGAUCAGGCCGACAACAAAUGUGGAUGCAUUAUUACGAAGGAAUAUGAACAAUCAGGGCGAAUUGGUUCCCACCUACACGGAAACAUCGCCUAAUCUAGAUUUUGGCUUUACUUCCAAUCAUCACGUCACCAAAGCCGACGAUCGUGCAGUCGACCCCGCUCAAUCACUUGCGCCAGCUGACGUACCCCAGAUUUCCACUGUGCCCGCGCAAGUCUCCACGAGCUUCUCGCUAGCCGGUGACAAUUACCAUCCAUCCAGCGCUGGGGCACCCGAGGUCCGACCUGAGACCACGACAACUGUGCUGACAUCUGAAAUGCUUACUAGAACCGACGAUCCAACUGUCACAGAGCGGUCAGUUUCGGUCCCUUGUUCUAGUUCUUUUCGCACGAUGGAGGAAGGAGGUCACGGAUCGCUUCCUACUGUAAGCGUUCCACACGCAUCUGGACCUCCGUUUGUCAGUCAACAAAAUCAAUAUACCAACCCGUCGCUCCCUUGUGACUCCGUGUAUUACGGUCCUGGUACUCCCAGUUCUUCACUCGUUCAACCAACCACAAGCUUUCCGCGCACCACUGGAGGCUUUACGUGUGUACGAGGUGGUGCAGAUUCUGGUACUUCUUAUUACUCUUCGACCGGUGAUCACUCAGCUCUGCUCCUUUCACCACUGAAUAAUGCAGACCAAGCGGUUGGACGUAAAUUCCGUAAAACCUCCAGUUUGCUACAUUCUACACGUGAAUCCUCUGCAGCUUCAUCCAGGCGUUAUCUGAUGGCGCCCAUUUCACCUUUUCCUCAAGGGCCUCAAUCAUUGGCUCAUCCCUCGAUGCCGAAGGGGAGUGUUUCAUCUCGUAAAUCGUCACGGGAUUUCUCUAGACAGAUGUUUGUGCAUGCCGGAACUACCAUUCCAGACAAACUAUCUGCUGGUCAGCCUUCCUCCUCGUUGUGUAAUUUGCGCGAGAAGCCACACGCUUCUGUUACCUUAUCUUAUGUACCUGUUAAUUCUUCUGGUGUCGUGCAAUCUACCGGAGAUCACCAUUUGUCUCCCCGUUUACUUUUAAACGACACCUAUGCACCACCGCACACCCUACUUCCAUCGUCUCCAAAGUCUCGAUCACGCUCCGCAGGUGCUGGAUCCGCUCCGGAAGUGGCUCGCAAACCCACUGUAUUCCCACCUCAGAUGAUACCCAUACCAAAUAAUGUGUCAUUAAGAAGUCUGUACAGACCGAUGGGUAUCGCUCAACGACCUACCGAUGAUCGUCGCCUUAUCAGCCAAUCGCGACAACCACCUCAUGAUGCUAGUCCUUAUCCAACCCACUUCCGAAUGUCCUUGCGAACGAUUAAUCCUCAGCCUCGCGGUCCAGCGGCUCACUCGCCGUCAGCAUUCUUACGACCUCCUAGUCACACAUAUAAUGCCUCCGUUUGGCCUCCUGUUCCACGGCACGCUGUUGAGGUAGCUUUGAAAAACCCUCCUAGUGGCGAUGUAUCUCCGAAACCGGUCUUUUUGACUGGCCUUAAACCAACCUAUUCACCAGUCUCCAACUCAGGACCGUCGCCCACUCCUGGCCAACCGAGCUACACCUCAGUAACCAUCAAGCCAACCGCAUCUGCGAACAAUCCCGCCAAUUUAUCCACUGUCUAUUCAUCUUCCACUCCGAACCAACCUCCACCACCAACACCACCUCCGCCUCCACAUCACCAUCAUCCUCGUUCUUCGAAAGGCCAUAGGUCCACUGGGAACGCACUUGCCAAUAAUCCAAAAAAUUCAUCCCCCAGUGCUGACUGGCCUCCUGACCAAGACGUUCCCCUACCUGAUGGGACUUUUGAGAUUUCCGUUUGAUUACAAAAUCCGGCUUUUCUGUACGUCUGUAUGCUUGCAACAGCAUUUCAUUCCCCUUGUCCGUUCGUUUUCUCUCUAUGCUAGACAUUUUUAAUAAUGUUGAUCAUAACUCUUUUUCCUUGUCCCCUUCACUCAUUGCGCUCCAUUUACCAGUCUUUCAUUAUUUUGCAGUUUCUUUCCAAGAUUGCAGUGAACUGCAUGUUUUCUCUUCUCCUUUACCUCAAAAUCCCUGCCGUAGACGCAUUUAAGGCGACUGUCUCUCCCGCUUUCAUCACAAACAAUUAAACUGCUUUGUAUUUUUAAUUCAUUUCAUUUUCGCCUCAUUUUGCGGUGAUUACGCAUAAAUCAGACUUUCCUCUUCAGUCUUCCCUCCGAUCCAACAGUACAUCGCGUGAAGUUAACUCUCAUCUAUGCAUCAUUCUUCGGGUUGUGGUCGCGGAAAUAUUGUGCUUUUAUUUUUUUGCUUCUUUGGAAUUUUCCCUUUGAUUAUAUGCAUUUACUAUUUUUCGGCAUCACAGCUGUGCGUGAUAUUUUUCAUGGCAUAGCACUGUAUCUUCGGUCUCCUCAUUCUCGGGGCUGAUCCAUAGCCAUCGCUAUCUAGGCAUUCUCUUCUUAUUUCCACAUUGAUUGUUCCUUUAUUGUGGACAGAUGCCACUCGUUGUAUGCUUAUUGUCGAAGCUUUUUCUCCUCUGAUUUAUGCGGACCGCCUCAUUCUAGUUCGUUUGUUCUGAGCAACGCUGUAUGUUUCCUUUGUCGUGCAUCCGUGUGAGAGGGGCUGUCUUCCAUUCCGGAUGGGUUGUAUAUAGUGUGAGCGGAUUUCGCCUCUGCGUUUGCUCGUGUACAUUUGAACUGGCUUCGAUUUUGUUUGUUUGACCGGAUAGACCACUUGGUGAAUGCAAUUCCCGAUGUCACACCAUGCACACUAUUAUAUGUACCAUAUAUAUAUGUAUCCAGAAACGCAUGGUUCUUUACGCAAGAAAAGCCUUGUUUAGAGUAUCAAGUCCAUGUUCUUCUUUAUUAUCAUGUACGGUUGUGGGCGAUGGCUGUUUCCACUUUACCCAUUCGUUCUGUUCUUUGGUCUGCCUUCAUACACAGACGAGGUACCUUGGCCCGAUCCUAUGUGUGUUUCGCCCUCAUUUUAGUCAUUAUACACGUUAAUUAGAGGGGGAAAACACCUCAGGUACUGUGCCGCAAUACUU